AUGGCUGUGCAAAAGUUCCCUGUGCCGGAGAUGGGCGACUCGAUCAGCGAGGGCACCGUGCUCGAGCUGAGCAAACAGGUCGGUGACUAUGUUGCUUUGGAGGAGGUCCUUGUGGUGGUGGAGACGGACAAGGUGACGGUGGACGUGCGGUCCCCGGCGGCUGGCACGAUCACGAAAUGGUUCGCCAACCCCGACGACACCAUCGAGGGUGGACCUGCGGCCGCUGCCGCGCCCGCCGGUGCGCCGAAAAUGGGCGCUCCUCCUGUCGGAGUGAGCGUCGACGAGCUCCCGGCGCGCUUCCGGCGGGCGCCGAUGAGCGAAGAUGAGAUGGAGGCAGUCAUGUCGGGGGGGGCUUCGGUCUCCGACUGGGCGUGGGUCAAGAUCCGCUGGUGA